AUGGCGUUGCUCGUUUACGAAGAGCCCGUGCUCUACAUCAAGACAACGGCAAUCACCGGGGUGCUGUCGACGCUGAUCAACGGCGGAACCCUCUACCUGAUUGCUUCGGCGACGUCGAAGCGAAUGGGGCAAUACCGCAACUUUUUGUUGAACUAUCAGGCCGUGACGUCCACCGUGGAGCUGUUGCUGAAGCUCUCGAUGAUCGAGACCUUCCAACCUGCCCCGGCAGCGCGUUUUCACAGUCCGCUGCUGACGUUCGACGUCAAAAUCUGGAUGGUAAUCGCCGCGUGUUUGGCCACGGCCCUCACCGUUGCGACCGGGCUUUGCCUCUUCUACCGCCAUCGGCAAGUGUUGCCCCUCGGGCACUGGGCGAGAUGGAAGCCUACACACCUCGCCAUUUUUUUCAUCGUGAGCUACGUAUUUUAUACGGGUCUGCUCAGCUACUCGCUGUGCUGUGCGACGCUGGCAAAAGGCCAAAGCACGAUAUUAUUUGAUUGGAUCAGGGUACACCCCGAAUUUCAAAUACUGCAAACGGUGCCGGAGGUCUGGAUCGGCGAUUUUACGCCAACCACGGCAAUCGGCCCCAACGCUGGGGAGUUGUUCAUGGUGGUGGCUGCCAUGCUGCUCCUGGAAAUCAUUGCCGUGGUAAUGCCGAUCGUGCUGUGCGUAUCAAAA